AUGUCCGGCGAAGGCCCCGAAUCUAUCCCCACCUCGGCCGACCGGCGCUCAAAGCGGCCGGUCAAGAAGCGCGCCCUGACACCUGUCUCUGCGCAGGCGGCAGGACUGGAUGCGCUGUUUGCUAAACCCGAUCAGGCAAUAAAAAUCCCAGUGUCCGCUGAUGUCGCCCGCUUGCGAGGCUCGGGCGGGGGCGCACCCCCUGAGAUCAUCUCCAAUGUGCAGGGCUCGAGCUCCGGUGCUGGCAGUGGCGAGUUCCACGUAUACAAGGCGAGCCGGCGGCGGGAAUAUGCACGGUUGCGCGAGCUAGAGGAGGACGCAGCACGCGAUCGGGACGCCAUUGAUUUUGAAAAGGAGAAGCGCGAGCGCGAAGCACGCGACGACGAGAAGACGAAGCGCAACCGCGAGAAGCGGGAAAAGGCAAAGGCGCGCAAAGCCAAGAGCGGCAAGAAGGCGGGCGGCAACGGCAGUGGUGCAGCAGCAGUGCCAUCAACAGCGGCGUCCUCAAAACCCGUCGUACCAAGCGUCGAGCGCGACGGUGACGACGAGGAGGACAGCGAAAGGAGCACCAACGCCGCGGCGGCAAACGGCAACAAGGACGACGAGAGCCACGCAACAAGCCGAGCAUCCAGCAAUGCAAACGGUGCCAGCGGAUGGACAAGCCAAGCACCAGUUGCACAAGAUCCCCUACAGGCUGCUGAAGGACCCGGCCUGCUUAUCCAAGACGAUGACGAUUGA